AUGGAGAGAACAGACCAAGACUUCCAAGAUGGCUUGGCACUUGAUCUAUUCUCUCCUAAGAAUCGGACCCUCGUUGUGAGGCAAAAUACUGCUCCACUCGGUGCACAAUUCGUAACCGGCACCACUGGAGAACCUUUCGUCGCCCUGUCGGGCUACUCGUACAUAAUCCAAAUGAACGAGACAGCCACCGACCUUAUCGCAAAGAUCGAGAUCCCAUAUGACCCACAACGACUCAAUGCUAUGGGAAUCCAAGAAGCAGACACCUAUGUCGGGACGCUUGCACCGGACAGAAAGAGCUGGGCAAUCGACGACGCAAAACGUAAUGUCCACCGGAGCGAGAACAACACGAGGAUUAUCAAAAUGACGUCUCUCGAUGGAGAGUACUUACUUUUAGGGAGAAAGACUGUUGACACGUCCAAUAUAUUCGUCCAGUACGGUCAAGGCGUUACUCGAACGGUGAAUUUGACGGGGGGGCCUGGCAUCCAGGAAGCAGAAUUCGUUGAUGGCUUGCGAUUUUCCGUGCAGUCUAGCCAAGCCUUGAUGAUAAAUGUCGACCUCAAAGAAGGAGUCGAUUCCAGGAGUUUACCCGCGGGUACGCAGUCUUUGAACUCCUUCGCUUGGGUUGUAAAUACCAGCAACCCAAAUGUAAGAGUGGAGGCACAGAUGUUCGUACCAUGUAAGUCCUCUCCAUGGUAG